CGGAUGUCGACUUGCCUCUUUCCGCCUCGGUAGCCGCUGGGAUGACGGCGGCACUUCCGGUCCCCGGCUGCGAUUGGGCGAGGCGGGCCGGCUGGGGGGCGGGAUUUCCUGCAGCGCCGCUUCCUGUUUCUGGCUGCCAUGAGCCUGCAGUGGACCGCAGUUGCCACCUUCCUCUACGCUGAGGUCUUCCUCGUCCUGCUGCUCUGCGUCCCCUUCAUCUCAGCUGCCAGAUGGCAGAAGAUCUUCAAGUCACGCCUGGUGGGCCUGGCCGUGGCCUACGGCAACACUGUCUUCGUCGUCCUCAUCGUCAUCUUGGUGCUGCUGCUGCUGGAUGCCCUGCGGGAGACCCGCAAGUAUGACGUGGCUGAGCGGGUGUCGCUGCAGAGCAGCCCUGGUGCCCUUGAGCACUUCCACAUGAAGCUCUUCCGAGCCCAGCGCAACCUCUACCUGGCUGGCUUCGCCCUGCUGCUUUCCUUCCUGCUGCGCCGACUGGUGACGCUCAUCUCCCAGCAGGCCGUGCUGGGCGCCUCCACUGAGGCUUUCCGCAAGCAGGCGGAAGGCGCCAGCCAGGCUGCCCGCCGCUACAUGGAGGACAACGACGCCCUGCGCAAGCAGCUGCAGGAGGCGGGGGGUGACAGCCGGGCCCUGAUGGCUCCCCACGACGAGAAUGAGAGUCUUAAGGCCAAGGUGGAGAAGCUGAAGGAGGAGCUGGCAGCCAGCAAGCGCACACUGGAGAAGGCAGAGAAUGAAGUUCAGGCCAUGCGGCGCCAGGCGGAGGGGCUCACGCGGGAGUACGACCGCCUGCUGGACCAGCAUGCCCGCUUGCAGGCAGCCCACGAUGGCCCCAGGGACAAGAAGGAGGAAUGAGAGCCAGCUGCGACCCCACUGCCAGCGAGGUGCGUGCUACAGCCAUGCCCCCGGGGCAAAGCCACGCCCUGCAGGGCCAGGCCCCGCCCCCCACCGCAAGGACCCUGGCGGGGAGGGCGGCGCUGCUCAGGAGGACCCGAGCCCCGUUUUGGGGGUUUCCAGGUGUCUGCACUGUGGGGGAGGGGCGCCCCCUUCCUCCCCCCCCCCCCCCCCGGCUUCUGCUUCAAUAAACACGUGGGAUCAAAUCCUG